CUCCUCUCUCUCUACCUCUCCCUGCUUCUCUCAGCCCUCACCGCCUCACAGAAGCAGGAGAGAUUCCAACCCCAAUGCCUUCCUUAACUUUAUCAGACAAGAAGAUGAAGAAGAAGAUAGACUUGGAAGCCACGACACCAGAGCAUCAGGACUCAAAGAAGAAGAAAGAGAAGAAGCUGAAGCUCUCUGAUUCUGAUGCAGAAGAGUCUGAUAAGAAGAAGAGUAAGAAGAAGCGUAAGGCUGAUGAUGAAACAGAGGAAGGGUCCGAGAAGAAGAGUAAGAGCAGCAAGAAGGUGAAGCUGAGUAGUGUUGUUGAAGAAGAAGAAGAUGUUAAAGUAGAUAACCCUAACGCCGUCUCCAAGUUUCGUAUCUCUGAUCCCUUGAAGGCCAAGCUUAAGGAGAAGGGUAUUGAAGCUCUUUUUCCUAUUCAAGCUUCCACUUUUGAUAUGGUUCUUGAUGGUGCUGAUUUGGUCGGAAGGGCUCGUACUGGUCAGGGUAAGACAUUGGCCUUUGUGUUGCCUAUAUUGGAGUCAUUGAUCAAUGGGCCUGCGAAGAGUAAGAGGAAGAAUGGUUACGGCAGGCCACCAAGUGUUUUGGUUCUUUUACCAACCAGAGAAUUGGCCAAGCAAGUGUAUGCUGACUUUGAAGCAUACGGAGGAUCUGUUGGUUUAGCUUCUUGUUGUGUCUAUGGAGGUGAUCCAUACCCACCUCAGCAGACUAAACUAAAGAGAGGUGUUGACAUUGUAGUUGGAACACCUGGUCGUAUCAAGGAUCAUAUUGAAAGAGGAAACCUUGACUUGACUUAUCUACAAUUCCGUGUUCUUGAUGAAGCUGAUGAGAUGUUGAGAAUGGGUUUCGUUGAUGAUGUUGAACUUAUCUUAGGUAAAGUGGAGGAUCCUAAGAAAGUUCAGACGCUUCUCUUCAGUGCUACCUUACCAUCAUGGGUUCAAAACAUCGCUGCUAGGUUUCUUAAAAAAGACAAGAAAACUAUUGAUCUUGUUGGUAAUGAUAAAAUGAAGGCUAGUAAUAGUGUUAGACACAUUGCUCUUCCCUGUAACAAGCAGGCCAUGUCUCGGUUGAUUCCUGAUAUUAUCAGCUUAUACAGCAGUGGAGGUAGUACCAUCGUUUUCACUGAGACUAAAGACCAAGCUUCUGAGCUUUCUGGUUUGUUGCCUGGAGCAAGAGCUUUGCAUGGUGACAUUCAACAAGCAACCCGUGAGGUUACUCUUGCUGGAUUUAGAAAGGGAAAGUUCUCUACAUUGGUUGCUACAAACGUUGCUGCUCGUGGUCUAGAUAUCAAUGACGUGCAGCUAAUUAUCCAGUGUGAGCCUCCACGUGAUGUUGAAGAUUAUAUUCAUCGUUCUGGCCGAACAGGAAGAGCUGGGAACACUGGAGUUGCGGUUAUGCUAUACGAUCCUAGAAAGUCUGGUGUGUCUAGGAUUGAAAAACAAGCUGGUAUCAAAUUUGAGCACGUUUCUGCACCACAGCCUAAUGAUAUUGCCAGAGUUGUUGGUAUGGAAGCUGCUGAGAAAAUCACACAAGUCUGUGACAGUGUGGUUCCUGCGUUCAUGGCUGCUGCUAAAGAACUAUUAGAAAGCUCCGGUGUAUCAGCAGAAGUACUCCUUGCAAAAGCUCUUGCCAAAACCGCGGGUUUCACUGAGAUUAAGAAAAGGUCACUUCUAACAUCAAUGGAGAAUCAUGUCACACUACUUCUUGAAGCAGGGAAACCCAUUUACACUCCAUCAUUUGUAUUUGGUGUGUUGAAGAGGAUCUUACCAGAAGACAAGGCUAAUUCGAUUGAAGGAUUAACUCUAACAGCAGAUGGACAAGGUGCAGUUUUCGAUGUUGCACAAUCAGAUGUAGACCAGUUCAUUUCAGCUGGACAAAGGAAUGGAAGUGUGAGCAUGGAGGUUGUUAAGGAAUUGCCUAAACUUCAAGAGAGAGAACCAAUGCAGAGAAGAUUUGGGCGCCAAGGUAGUAACCAAGGGUUUAAUCGUGGCAGAGGAGGGAGAUUUGGUCGUGGUGGGAGUCGUGGUGGUGGAGGCCAGAGAUGGUGA